AUGACUUUGGAAGAAAAACAGAAGGAGAAUGCGCAGUGGCGGGAACGAUUUCUCUGCGCCUUGUUGUGUUUGUCAGACAGACCGGUGGAAAUCGUAACCGCAGAACACACUCACCUGCGCGCUUCGUAUCACACCAGCGACAGCAACUUUCAGCGGAUCGCCGUAUCUGAUCUUGAAACGCCGAUGGGCGUAGUACCUCACGCGUUACUUCGAUCGAUGGACCUCAUUUCAAUGACUUUCAAUGCGCCGACGUUCGAGAAACACGGCAGCACCAGCUAG